UCCUGGUCCUUUAUCUCCCUGCUAUUAAUUUCCUGGUUCUUCUUCUCCCUAUCCAUCAUCUCCCUGUCCAUCAUCUCCUCGUCCAUCGCCUCCCUGCCCAUCUUCUCCUGUCCCCCACCUCCCUGGCUGUCGUCUCCUGGACCAUCGUUUCCCUGCUCACCAUCUCCUGUCCUUUGUCUCUCUAUCGAUCACCUCCCGGUCCGUCACCUCCCUGUCCCUCUCCUCCUGCUCCAUCUCCUUCCAGCCCACCACCUCCUGCCCACCCUCUCCCUGCCCACCUCUCGUCGAGGGGUCCGUCGGAGUCCCCCGGGGGUCUCCCGCUCCCCAUUCCCGGCGGGGCCCCUCUGACCCCUCCGGGAGCCCCUUUUUCCCCCCGCGCUGCCCGGGGGCGGUGGCGCCGGGGCGGGACCGGGGGCGGCCCCGGAGCGGCGGCGGGAGCGGCGGAGCGGAGAUGCCGUACCUGCUCAUCAGCACCCAAAUCCGCCUGGAGGCUGGUCCCACCAUGGUGGGUGACGAGCACUCAGAUCCCAACCUGAUGGACUUCCUGGGGGCCAGGAAGAGGAACAUGCCGGGCAACAACUUCUGUGAGUACUACGUGAACGACGCGCCGCGCGUGGUCCUGGACAAGCUGGAGAAGCUCGGCUAUCGCGUGGUCAGCAUGACCGGCGUGGGCCAGACCCUGGUCUGGUGCCUCCACAGGGAAUAGCCAGGAAGAAUCCUGCCUUCCACCCAGCCCAGAUCCUGCUGGACAUCAUCUCUACCGGACUGACAGCGAAUUUUUUCCCCCUUCAUUCCUUCCUGUCCCAGACUCCCGGCGCUCGGGCGGGGAGAGGAGCGGCGCAGAGGCAGAGCUGGACCCAGUGGGAUUUUGCCAUCCUUGUCAUUUCCCAAGAGCAUGGGGAGGAAAGGAUGCCCAAAAAUCAGGCAGAGGGAACAGAUGGCUCCAGCUCUGCCUUCAGCAGGAUGGCAGUCUGGCAAAUUCCAGCUUUUUACAUUUUAAUCAUCUAUUUAGCAUGCCUUGGAGGAAGCUCAGUAACAGACCUGUCUGCCUUCUCUCAGGCUGCCUGGAGAGGUCCGUGCCUCCUCCCGGGCCAGGGAGGUUACAGGGGGACACCAGGCAUGGACACCAUCCCAUCUCAUCCCUGAAAUCUGAGGGAGAACCACUAAACCUACCCAGUGGUCUGAGAAUCCCCUUCCCUUGGCAGCAAGGCCCAUUUCCAUCCCACACAGGAUCGUGGUCAGCAGCAUCCUCAGACUUCCAGAUCCCAGAGUGCCAUCCAAGCAUAACACAGGGUUCCCAAAAUAGCACAGAAAGGUGUUGUGAGCAUUCCAGGAGCAGGCCCUAAUCCCAACAGCAGCAGUUGUACUGCUGGGAUGUUUGGGGCUGUGUAUGGAUCCUGCUGUAGGGGUAACACCAAUAAAGCUUUGCUCUAAAGACA